UGAUCUACUGGAUGAGGUCAUUUCCAGACUCCAGUACUACCAAUCAAAUUCAAACACUCUGCUAACUGUACCAAAGAAACAUACAUUCUGCAGAGCAAAACCAAGAUUCUAUAUUAUACACAAAACCUUAAUUUACUUCUUUUUUUCAAAAGCCCAGAAAAGCGUUACAAUGGCUGCUAGACAAGAAGUUAAAUUGUUUGGCACUCCAAAUAGUCCAUAUAGCCGAAGAGUUGAGAUUGCUCUAAAUUUAAAAGGAGUUGAUUACGAAUUUGUCGCAGAAAAUCUUUCCAACAAGAGCCCUGAGCUUCUCGAAUACAACCCUGUUCAUAAAAUGAUCCCUGUACUAUUGCAUAAUGGCAAACCAGUUGUUGAAUCUGCUGUUAUAAUUGAGUACAUUGACGAGACCUGGAGUUCUGGCUCCUCCAUUUUGCCUGCUGAUCCUCUCGGAAAAGCCAAUGCCCGUUUCUGGGCUAAAUUCAUCGACGAUAAGGCAAUGCCUGUGAUAAGAAGUAUUCGUCGCUUCCAGGGAGAAGAACAAGUUAGAGUCAUUGGAGAAGCUGUUGAACUUUUGAAAUUACUAGAAAGUGAACUAAAAGGGAAGAAAUUCUUCGGAGGGGAGACGAUUGGACUAGUUGACAUCACAGCUAAUUUCAUCGCGUUAUGGAUCGGAGUUUAUGAGGAGAUAAUGGGGAUCCGAGUGAUCACCAAGGAGAAGCUUCCUGUAUUAUGUCAAUGGAUUGAUGACUAUCUUAACUCCAGCAUUGUCAAGAAGAGUUUGCCUUCCAGAGAUCAACUAUAUGAGUAUCUAGACUUACAAAUCAAAAAACGUCGUUAAACUCACAAGCUAUCUUUAUUUGUCGUACUCAAUGCACAAGGAUCCCCAUCCUCUUGGUAGGUUCCGGAGAAGGUCCUGGUUUAAUUUUCGAUUUCUUUGUAAUUUAUGUUUAUGAUUUGUCCUGUAUUUUGAAUCUUGUUUAUCGAUCA